CCUCGUUCACUGUCAUAGUUACCUUCAUCAACUCGGUGUUUAAAAAUCAGUUUAUUACGUUACAUUACAUUACUUUAUGCUUGUCAGUUACCUCAGGUCAUUCGGUUUGUUGUGUGCGCGAAGACCGUGAACGCAGCGUGUCGUCUCAUCGCGAUCACGUGACGUUUUGUUGACGGUAGAAGACGCAGGAAGAUGGCGGCCCGCUGGAGCAGUGAGAAUGUGGUGGUGGAGUUUCGGGAUGCUCAGGCCACCGCCAUGUCAGUGGACUGUCUGGGCUCUCACGCCGUGCUGUCCGGGCGGCGUUUCCUGUACAUGGUGAACCUGGAGGCUCCGUCUGAGCCUCCCAGGAAGAUCGGCCGACAGAGUAAAUGGGACGUGGGGACGGUCCAGUGGAAUCCCCACAGGUCAGAGUCCCACGUCUUCGCUGCCUCGAGUAACCAGCGUGUGGAUCUGUACUCGUGGAGGGACGGCUGUGGAGAAGUGCACACCUCCCUGCAGGGACACACCCGGGUCAUCAGUGAUCUGGACUGGUCCUGGUUUGAGCCGGAGCUCCUGGUCACCAGCUCAGUGGACACCUACAUCUACAUCUGGGACACCAGAGACACUCGGAAACCCACGGUGGCGUUGUCUGCUGUUGCCGGGGCAUCUCAGGUGAAGUGGAACAGGAAGAACCAGUACCUGCUGGCGUCCAGUCACGACGGAGACGUACGGAUCUGGGAUAAAAGAAAGCCGAACACGGCGGCGGAGUACGUGGCGGCUCACCUGUCCAAGAUCCACGGCCUCGACUGGCACCCGGACAACGAGUUCAUCCUGGCCACGUCGAGCCAGGACAACUCCGUGAGGUUUUGGGAUUACCGACAGCCCCGGAAGUAUCUGAACAUCCUGUCCUGUCAAGUGCCUGUGUGGAAGGCCAGGUACACGCCGUUCUCCAACGGUCUGGUCACAGUGAUGGUUCCUCAGCUGAGGAGAGAGAACAGCCUGUUGCUGUGGAGCACGCUCGACCUCAACAGUCCCGUCCACGCCUUCGUUGGACACGACGACGUGGUGCUCGAGUUCCAGUGGAGACCGCAGAAAGAAGGGUCUAAGGAUUACCAGCUGGUCACGUGGUCCAGAGACCAGACUCUGAGGAUAUGGAGGGUGGAUCCUCAGCUGCAGAAGCUGUGUGUCAGUGACGUGGUGGAGGACAUGAUGGAGGGGAUGUCUCUCACCGUGGAGUCGGAGAAAUCUCCGUUGUCUCAGGAGAGUCAGCACAGCGUCGGUCCGGCUUCUGAAAACCUGCACGAUCGGGACGGCGCUCUGAGCUCUGGAGGUCGUCAGGACUCGGCGGUGGGUUCAGGUCUACCUCAGACUCUGCAGCAGGAGUUCUCUCUGGUCAACCUGCAGAUCAGGAACGUCAACGUGGAGAUGGACGCGGUGAACCGCAGCUGCGUGGUGUCGGCUCACUUCGGCAGCCAUCAGGUUCACCUAGUGGUCAAGUUUCCCGCUCAGUAUCCCAACAACGCCGCGCCUUCCUUCCAGUUCGUCUCCCCCACAACCAUCCCCUCCGCCAUGAAGAUCAAGAUCCAGAAGAUUCUGACCGACACGUCGCUCCAGAAGGUGAAGAGGAACCAGAACUGUCUGGAGCCGUGCGUCCGACAGCUGGUGUCCUGUCUGGAGUCGGACAUGACGCAGGAGGACGGUCCGGGCUCUGGCCCCUUCGUUCUGUCUAACCCUGUCACUCCGGCCAUGCAGGCGUUUCCUCGAGUCACCAACACAUACGGCUCCUAUCAGGACGCCAACAUCCCGUUCCCUCGGACCUCCGGCGCUCGUUUCUGCGGCACCGGCUGUCUGGUUUACUUCACCCGACCAAUCACAAUGCACCGCUCAGUCCCGCCCACUGAGCCCACUCCCAGGUCCCUGUCGGCUCUGUCGGCCUAUCACAGCGGAGUGCUGACCCCGAUGAAGAUGCGUUCAGAGUCUCAGAGCACUCUGCGGUUGUACAGCGGCAGCCCGACUCGCUCCGACAAAGACACCGUGUCCAUUUCCUCCUUCUACUAUAAAGAACGGAAGCUCCCAAUCUCUGCAUCCCGCCGCUGGUCUGUCCAAACCCUCCAUGACUGGCCGGUACUGAUCUCUGUCCAUCCCUCCCUCUCCUCCUCUGGGUUUCUCCUCGUUGGGAUUUUAACAGUUGUUGUUUUGUUUUUUUUGCAUGUCACUGAUUGGCCGGCGUCCCCUCGACUAACACGGACUGAGAUCUGUGUCACUAACAAAGUGAACUCACAUCACGUGUCCUGAAUUUGAAUUUUGACGAUGUGAUUAUGUUUGUUUGGUUUACUUGAAUCUCAGGCUGACGAAUGUAGUUUAUUUAUUCAUAAAACCAACGCAAACGUAAAGUUAGCUCACUUCAAAGCAACAUGGUGUAAGAUGCGUUUGUUCUGAUUAAAUAUCAAAAACUAGCAAGUCGCCAACUUUGCCAAACAUCAAGCAAGUGCGACUACACAAGACACAGCGAGCAGCUGUUUAGUGUUUGCUGACGAGUCCAACAGGAAGCCAGCUCGCCGUCUGUCCUGCAGCACGUCAGCUCUUUCUUAGCUCAGCCAGUAAAAGCCAGUCUCGCUUUGUCUCGCUCGUCUGUUUUUCUUUUCCUCACUUCCUCCUCGUCGUCUUCGGUCUCUUCAGCCUCUGCCUUGAUAUCCAUACUGAGAACACCGAGCCAGCUUCUUCCAAAGAACUCACAUUGAACUUUAUAUACUUGUUGUGGCUUCUUAUAUCUUGCUGAAGAGUUAAAACAUUAUGCUGUUCUUGCGAUAGAAAUCCUGCCACGGAUUUCAAUCUUACAGAUGACAGAGACGCCAUUCACCAUGUUUUUU